UAACUAUAACGUGUGUUUUGCUUUCCCAGUGUCGCACUCCCUGCAGUAUGUCUACAGCGGCACAUCAGGGAUAUGGAACCUCCCAGAGUUUAUGAUUGUCAGGCUGGUGGACGGGGAGCCCUUUGUUCACUAUGACAGCAACAGCCACAAAAUGACUCCUCUUCAGGAAUGGAUGGCAAAGUCUGAGGGGCCUGAUUACUGGAACACAGAGAGUCAAGUGGCAAUGAGUGAUGAGCUGGCGUUUGAAAACAACAUAGAAGUGGCAAAGCAGCGUUUCAACCAAACCGGAGGUAUCCACACACUUCAAGUGAUGUACAGCUGUGAGUGGGAUGAUGAAACUGGGGCCACAGGUGCUCUUCGUGUAUAUGGCUAUGAUGGGAGUGACUUCUUAACACUGGACUUAAAAACCAUGACUUACGUGGCUCCAGUCAUGCAGGCGGUUCCCACUAAACUGAAUUGGAACAGUGGCAGAGCAUUUCUUGAAGGACAAAAAGCCUACCAUACUCACAUAUGUAUUGAGUGGCUGAAGAAGUAUGUGAGCUACGGGAAGAGCACACUGGAGAGGACAGUCCGCCCUGAGGUGUCUCUGCUGCAGAAGGACCCUUCCUCUCCUGUCACCUGCCACGCAACCGGCUUCUUCCCCAAAGGGAUCGUGGUGACCUGGAGGAAAGAUGGAGUGGACAUGCACAGCGAUGUGGAGGUGGGGGAGACCCUGCCAAACGGGAAUGUUUUUGAAAUUUUAACUUUUAGAGAAUGUAAAUGUCAUUAA